AAAGGAAAAGACAGAGAGUGCACGUCAGAAACAAGCCUGCUGGUUUGGAUUUUGGUUGUGUGGAGGGCUUCAAAGGAAUCCUUUCUCAUCCUCAUCUCUCUCUCUCUCUCUCUCUCCCUCUUUUUUUCUCUCUUCACGCAUACACACAGCCAUGUUUUCAUCUCAUUUCUUCAUGUAUCCAUGGUACUUUACAUUCAAUUGAUUUACUAGAUGCUUCGUGUUGGUUUUGCUUAAUCCUCCUGGUGUUAGGAAGCAAAGGCGAGUUCAAGUCUUAAAGGAGUUUGGUGCUUUUCCACCUAGGAACUAAUUUUAUUUCUUUCUUGUCCAUUUCUUGUUCUUUAGUACUGUACUUCUUUUCUCUCUUCUUAUGCCUCUUAAUUCUCAAGGUUAUUGUGGAAAGAGAAGUGAUAUCAUCAAUAUGUAAGCUGCAGAGAGAAUGAAAGGAUAUUUGUUACAUACAUACAUAUUGAAAUCACAGAAAUUUAAGAGGUCUUAUUGUUUUCCACUUUUGUUAGCCUUACUAAAUUAGGGUUCCCGCUCAGAUCCUAGGACAUUUUGUCACACAUAAAAAAAAGGUUGAUCUGUGGCUCAUGAAUGCAUAUCUUGUAGCUUGUGUCAUCGCCUACGAAGUCGUGUGAUUAUUUCUUUAAUAUAGAGGGAAAAUAUGAUGAAAGGCUUGGUAAUGGAUGAGAAUAUGUCCAAUUUAACUUCAGCAUCCGGUGAAGUAAGUGCUUCUUCAGGCAGCAGAAUUGAAACCAGUGCUAGACACCCACAACAGUCCUUUGAUUCGACAAAUCAACCACCACCAAAGAAGAAGAAAAAUCUUCCAGGAAACCCAGACCCAGAUGCAGAAGUGAUAGCUUUGUCUCCCAACAGUCUACAAAUGACAAACAGAUUUCUAUGUGAGAUCUGCAACAAAGGAUUCAAAAGAGAUCAGAAUCUUCAACUUCAUAGAAGAGGGCAUAACCUGCCAUGGAAACUAAAGCAAAGAACAAACAAGGAGGUGAGAAAGAAGGUGUAUGUGUGUCCAGAGGUUACAUGCGUGCACCAUGACCCAUCAAGGGCUCUUGGGGACCUUACAGGGAUCAAGAAGCACUUUAGCAGAAAGCAUGGUGAGAAGAAGUGGAAGUGUGAAAAGUGCUCAAAACGUUAUGCAGUUCAAUCAGACUGGAAAGCUCACUCUAAAAUUUGUGGCACAAGAGAGUAUAGAUGUGAUUGCGGUACUCUUUUUUCUAGGAGGGACAGUUUCAUCACUCACAGAGCCUUCUGUGAUACUUUAGCAGAAGAGAGCGCAAGAUCUAUGACGGUUCUCUCCUCUCAACAGCCUGGCUCCUCAGCUUCACACCUGAUGAACUUACAAGCCUUAUCAGUCAAAAGAGAGCAAGAUCAAAACCAGUAUCUUUUUAAUCCAAGACCAGAUAGCAUCCCGCCAUGGUUAGCUUGUCCACCAAUAGGAGAAGCUGGUCCAGGUCCACCACAAAUCAAUCUCUCCUCGCAGUUAUUCCCAGCAAAUUUAGACCAGUCAUUUUUGCAACAUGGAAACCCUAGCCCUAACCCUACUGUACUUCCUCCAUUCCAGCCCUCAUCAACAGCUUCCCCUCACAUGUCUGCCACUGCGUUGCUGCAAAAAGCAGCACAAAUGGGGGUGACUGUGAGCAAGCCUUCUCCGUCACCUGCUACUGCUGCCAUACUUAGACCCCACCAAGGUCACAUGUCUGAUCAAAACCCUGGUUUCGGUUCCACAUUGCCAGCUACGUCCACAGCAAAACCUGGUCUAUUUUUUACAUCACGUGAAGAGAUGGGAAGUGGGUUUGGUCAUGGUCUGGCAUCUCUAGAGGAUAAAGCUGGUACUGUCACCUCUGGUAUCAUGGAAUAUCUUGCUGCAAGUGAUGGAGGAGGGACUUCUCUAGUCCAUGAUAUGAUGAGUUCUUUGUCUUCUGCGAGUGGAUUUGAUGGUUCAUCUUUUGACAACGAGGAUUUCAAUGGAAUGUUGAAUCCAAAAAGAGACAGUAGUAAUUUUCAGGAAAUUCUAUCCAAGUCAACAGAGUCUCGAUUUAUAAGGAGUGAUACUGCAUCUGGUAGUCAUCAUGGAGGCGGCAAUGACGGCUUGACAAGAGAUUUCUUGGGUCUUAAAGCCUUUCCCCACAAGGACUUUCUAAAUCUACCAGCUGGGUUUGAUCACAUUAGCCCUUCAACAUACGGGCAAAGGAACCAAAAUCUGCCACCACCUUGGCAAGAAUCUCUACAAUAAAAUAGUAUUCAGCAAUCACAAUGCAUGGAAGCCAUAGGAAGCUCCAUGGAUCACUUUCAGCUAUACAAUAAAAAGUAGUGCUACUUUCACAACUUUUAAAUCCCACCUCACUUGUUCCAGUUCCAGGGUUUGAAGGGGAGACCUUGGAUUGAAAAUCUCAAGUCUCAAUUGUUAAGUUUUUCCAUUUUGAAAACCAUUGAUGCCAACACCUAAAUUUUCGAAAUGUAUUGUAUGUACUAUAUAUAUAGAGCACUCAGAUCUAAAGAUACUUCUACAUUUUGAGC